CAUUUGGGGGGGGGGGGGGAAUCGAACUCCCAACCUCUGGCCUAGUCUUUUGUGUCCACAUGAACGGAUGAUUCCUCAGUUUUGGUAAACAACAGGUUUCCAGCACUAGACUGUGAAUGGUCUUUAAUGGUAGGAAUCAUUUUUUCAGCCGUGCCUUAGUCUCCCCCUUGACACGGCCACGGGGAGAUGGGGUUAGGGGGCAUAAACUGACCCUCUUGCAGAGGCCAACUGAAAAGGUGUGAGCAUAUGCUCAGCAUGACCUUUGGGAAGAAAAGAGCCGCCCUGGGAUAGGAAAGAUAGAUGGCAGAGGAAAGUCGGCCUCCCCUGCCCUAAACUGUGGCCAAUCACUUCUCUUUCUCCUCUCCAGGUUUAUGGGGCUCCUAAGCCAAAGUGGACUCAGCUUUCUGGGCGGAGGCUGCAGAACUGGGCCCCACGAGGAUGGACCCCUGUAUUUCCCCACCGUCACCACCAUCAGCUUGGGGUCUCACACGCUCCUGGACUUCUACCAUCCUGUUAGCAAGGAGCAGCCGCCGGAUAGCCAGGAGGGGAAGGAGCCUGCCCUACAGACAGAAGAGCAGCGCCACUUCUUGUCCCUGCUUCUGAAGCCCCGAAGCCUCUUGGUCCUGCAGGAAGACAUGUACAGCCGUUACCUUCAUGGCAUUCGCCUUGUGUCAGAGGACAUGAUUACGGAGAAAGUGGCCAACGCAAGCAUGUGCGGCUGUGCCCUAGGGGCUACGUUGGACCGGAGGACCCGAGUGUCACUCACCCUCCGUCACGUCCCUAAAGUGCUAAAAACCUCCAUUAUUCUGGGCCGGAAGAAGUGACCAUCUGGCUCAGUGUUGCUCUGCACGCUCCCUAACAUUUCCUGGCAUGUGUGGAAGCAGCCCCUCAGGCCAAAGGGGUUCCAGCUUCAGGGGCGUCUCUCUGCUGACACGUUUUGCUGUUGUUCAGUGUGGAAGAGUGUACAGCCACGGCCCCGUCUCCCGUGGUCUUGCUUCCUCUGCCGCUGCCUGUGAGAAUGACGGCUGAGAGAGAGAGAGAGAGAGAGAGAGACUGUAUGAGGCGUCCUUUGGGCGAGAGCAGCCGCUCCCUGAGCAGAUCUGCCUGAGCUGGGGAGGCAAAGGCAGAGCUGAGGAGAGCAGGUGUCCAGGGCAAAGGAGAAGAGGCGGCGGCUGGGACGGGGUGCUCAGGGGGUCUUCCGCAGCAGAGCCGCACGGCCUAGCCGAGGGCCAGUGCCCCCCAGCGGGCGGGCGGGCGGGCAGGGGAGAACCGGUGUUUGCCGGCUAAAGCUUUGUGCGUCAGGGAGCUGCCUUGUCUCUCCACCACUGGGCUGAUUUCUCUACUGGACUGGGGGCUGUGGUGUCUCCUCUCAGAUACUGGGAAGAGCGGGAGAAGCCAGGAUGCCUGGCUCUCUUUGCCUUGCAUGCUGAUGUGGGGGAAGAAUUUGGAGGGCUAGCCUGCUGAACAGAGAAGCUGGGCUCCCUCCCCAAACUUGUUUCCUGCCUGUCAUGUCUGUGCUGUACGUCUGGCACGUUUGGAGAUGGGGUGUAACCCUAUGUAACAACAGACCUUCUUCAUCAGGGAGUGUCCUGCAAAUAAAGGAUCUACCAACGUCC